UCAGAGUUGCAGAACAAUAUCAAAUGAUAUCUGACCGUGCUUUGAGCACGCCCAAUAAUACGGCCGAAUUGAUAGUGCUUAAAAAUUUUAUCAAGAUGAUUUUAGAAGUGACUUUAAAGAAUUUGGAGGACAAACUCCGCGAAAUAAUCGAGCAUAUCCUGAUAUUGUCCAAUUACCAUUGCAUUACGGAUUACGAGAUAUAUACCAAUAACAUUACGUUUCAAUGGUACCAUAAAAUACCCCAUAUUUUGGAAGAAAACGAAUCCAUCGUUGGAUACAAGACAUUAGAAUUUCAACAGGCAUUGAGAGGUGUGCUAGAUUCAAAGUGAUAUGAAAAAAAAAACGAGAGAGGGAGAUUCGAGAUAAAAGAUAAAAUUGACG